UGGGAACGUGGGUUGGGGAAAGAUAUUGACCACACAGGCUUAUUAUCUCUGCAAACUGCCCCAGAUUCACAAUGUUUGCAAGUCGUCAGCUCGUCCGAUAUUUUUCGACCUCCAAGAAUUGGUACAGUAACAUGAAGAUUGCUGUGAUUGGUCAAAGUUUGUUUGGGGCGGACGUCUAUCGCCUUCUACAAAAAGAUGGACACAACAUAGUGGGCGUGUUUACAGUACCAGAUGUUAAUGGCAAGCCCGACCCUCUAGCGGCAGCUGCGGCCAGUGAUGGCAUCCCUGUAUUUAAGUACAAACGGUGGCAGGUGAAAAAACAAGUGAUUCCAGAAAUUCUAGAAGAGUACAAAUCUGUGGGGGCCGAACUCAAUGUUCUGCCAUUCUGCUCACAAUUUAUCCCAAUGGAUGUUAUCAACUUCCCUCGGAAACAGAGCAUCAUUUACCAUCCUUCAUUGCUUCCUCGUCACAGAGGGGCGUCCGCCAUUAACUGGACUCUGAUGCAGGGUGAUGCUUCUGCAGGUUUCUCUGUGUUUUGGGCCGAUGAUGGACUAGACACAGGCCCAAUACUGCUUCAGAGGAAAACCUUUGUGGACCCCAACGACACUGUUGAUACCAUCUACAACCGGUUCCUCUUCCCUGAGGGAGUCAGAGCCAUGGGUGACGCUGUGAGAAUGAUUACUCAAGGCACUGCCCCCAGUAUUGUACAGAGUGAGGAGGGAGCCACAUAUGAUGCCAUGCUGAACAAGAAGGCUUUAGUGGAGAUAAACAUGGACCAAUCGGCGUUGGCUAUCCACAACUUUAUCCGAGGGUGUGACAAGGUACCAGGUGCCUGGACAACUAUUGAUGGACAGAAAGUGACCUUGUUUGGUUCACGCCUUUGGGACAGGAUGGAGCCACUUGGGACCAAAGUGGAUGUGAAAGGUGCCGCACAGAAAGGAGUUGUCCACAAGUACGGGUUGGCUCUGUAUGGAAAUGAUGGGAAAAUGGUGAAUGUGACCCAGUUACAAUAUGAAAAUGGGAAGAUGAUACAGGCCUGCAAGUUUGGCAAGGAGGACUUGUCACAGUCAAAACUGGAGCUCUCAGAAGAGGAAGAGAAAAUGAUAGCAUCACUGAAGUCUGUAUGGAACGGUAUUUUAAAUGUUGACAUUGAGGAUGGUACUGACUUCUUCAAGUCUGGAGCUGGCUCCAUGGAUGUUGUCAGGUUGGUAGAGGAAGUAAAGGAGAAAUGUAACGGUACCACCCUCCAAAAUGAGGACGUGUACAUGAAUACCACAUUUGAAGAUUUCUCCAGCUGCGUGAUCCGACGUAGUCGAGGAAUUGAGGAUAAGGAACCAUUUGUAUUUGAUGCGGUGAAGAUGAGGGCAAACAACAUGGAUAUUUCCUUUGCGCACCAACUUUUCAUUGACAAUGAAUUUAUAGACUCUUCUGAUGGAAACACUUUCAAGACCAUAAAUCCUAGUGAUGAAUCUGUGAUAUGUGAGAUAGCCAAAGGAACUCCGACUGAUGUUAACCGAGCAGUGGAGGCAGCUAAGGCAGCAUUUUAUGAAGGAGAGUGGGGGAAAAUGAACGCCCGAGACAGAGGAGCUCUUAUGUUCAAACUUGCUGACUUGAUGGAACAACACCAGGAGGAGCUAGCAACAAUUGAGAGUAUUGACUCUGGGGCUGUGUACACUCUAGCACUGAAAACCCAUGUGGGCAUGUCUAUUGCUACCUUCAGAUACUUCGCUGGCUGGUGUGAUAAAAUUCAGGGUUUGACAAUUCCUAUCAACAAUGCACGACCAAGCAGGAACCUGACCUACACAAAACGAGAACCAAUCGGUGUCUGUGGUAUAGUAGUGCCCUGGAACUACCCACUUAUGAUGUUGGCCUGGAAGAUGGCUGCCUGUCUGGCCGCUGGUAACACAGUGGUACUCAAGCCAGCACAGGUGACACCAUUGACUGCACUCAAGUUCGCUGAGCUCGUUGUGGAGGCUGGCUUCCCUCCAGGUGUCAUCAACAUUCUUCCUGGUCCAGGUUCAUCUAUUGGUCAAGCCAUGUCAGAACACCCAGACAUCAGGAAACUUGGCUUCACUGGGUCAACUCCCAUCGGCAAGACCAUUAUGACAAGCUGUGGUAAAUCUAACCUGAAAAAAGUGUCACUGGAAUUGGGCGGCAAGUCACCACUCAUCAUCUUUAAUGAUUGUGACCUUGACAAGGCUGUCAGAAUGGGAUGUGGAGCUGUGUUCUUCAACAAGGGAGAGAACUGCAUAGCUGCUGGUCGGCUUUUUGUGGAAGAGUCCAUCCAUGAUGAGUUUGUAGCAAGAGUGCUUGAAGAAAUUAAGAAAAUGAAGAUCGGUAAUCCCCUUGAUCGGUCAGUUGACCACGGACCCCAAAACCACCGUGCUCACUUAGAGAAGCUGCUGGAGUACUGUGAAAUAGGUGUGAAGCAAGGUGCCACACUUGUGGCUGGAGGCAAACAGUGUGACAUGCCAGGGCUGUUUAUGGAGCCAACAGUUUUCACUAAUGUGGAGGACCAUACAUUUAUUGCUGAGGAAGAAUCCUUUGGACCAGUCAUGAUCAUCUCUAAGUUCCAAGAUGGAGACAUCGAUGGUGUGAUUCGUCGUGCCAAUGACACAGAGUUUGGUCUCGCUUCUGGUGUGUUCACCAAGGACAUCAACAAAGCCAUGCAUGUAGCAGAUAACAUACAGGCUGGUACUGUGUUUGUCAACACCUACAAUAAAACUGAUGUCGCCGCACCAUUUGGAGGAUUCAAACAAUCUGGAUUUGGAAAAGAUCUUGGCCAAGAGGCGCUGACAGAAUACCUUAAGACAAAGGCUGUGACUGUGGAAUAUGGCCAGUAAUGAAAGGCCCAGACAGAAAACAUAUGAAGCAUUUCUGAGUCUUGAAAGACAGACCAAGAUGAUCUCAGUAUGUACAAAGCCUCUCAAGGAUUCAAGCAUUUCAACGAAAAUGAUGUCUCUAAUUGACCCAGAUUCUCGAGCUUCUGUUUGACUUGACUAGACUGAAAUGAAAAUGUAUUGGUAUAAAGUCUAUAAAUUUAUUCAAGGACACUUAUAUCCAAACUUACACACAAUAAAGAGAUGUUGAAGCUGACAUUUUGGACAAGUUAUGUCUCGAUUGAUGCUUUUUGUGGAAGAUCUUGCAUCUGUGAGAGCCAAUUAGGAAAAGCGAGGACAUUCAAGUAGAAAUGUACCGACAAAUCACACAAAGAAUGUGUAAUAUGAUGGACGUGGCAAGAUGUUUACAAUAUACUUUGUUAAAUCUUAGCAUGUAAUGGUGUCUUUUUUGCAUUUUCAAUCAUUUUGGCUACUUAUUGGGGGUGACUACCUAAAACUGACAUAUAUAUAUAUACUACCUUGCUAUUACGUCAGCUUGAAAUUUUUUUUUGCUCAGUUUUCAUUAGAUACAUAUCUCCUGAUAUUUUUCAUUAAUUCAAUAACAGAAUAUAUUUUAUGAUAUACUACAUAGUGACCUGACUAGAGCAAGCUCACAGAUUUCUUGUCCUCCCUUAAAAUAGAACUGCAUAAUACUAUCGUAAUUACACUGGUUUUUCCUCCUUCAAUAGCUUUAAGCAGAUGGGAUUGUCCUUCAAGUCUGAUUGCUUAUAACUGCGUUUUAUAAUAUUUCUACCUCCCAAUGGUCUUUGUCUUUCAUGUCCUGUUAAAAAUAAAGUUUGUUUCUAGUUCCUCAAUCUCCUCGACAAUUUGUGGUAUUGACAAAAGGUAUUUUACAACAACCAUGCAGUAGAUCAAACAAGCUCUUGUCAGUCAUGAAUUCUUGGUGGCCUGGAGCAAAGAAGCCAGAAUACUUGGGGAAAUCUUAACACACACAUGGACAGAUGACCCAUUUUCAAGUCUGAUCUGGAAAUUUGCCUGGGUCACCUAGGUGAAAGGCAGGUGUCCCUUGUAUUACAACCAGACACUGCAUUCUGUGGUACUAGUUGCACAGUUCCUCUGUCUGAUAUACUGAAUUUUACACGCAAAGUAUAUACACGUAGUGCUAAUUUUCAUCUCAACAUAAGACAGCUCUUGUUGUUGUGGUAAGAAUUUAAUAUUGAUUCCUGUGUGAUUCUGCUGCUGUGCAAUGACUUCAAAGCCACAUUAAGUGCCAAUCUUGUAAAGAAUUUUUCCUCAUUUUGUGAAUACAGUUUUUUUAGACUAAUUUGAUUAAUCUUAGCAAUGAUGUUAUACAUUAAAUUAAUUGUAAAAAAAAGUGUGAUAAUACCUUGAUAAGGUGUACAUUGUGUUUGGGACUACAAAGGAUUUUGCCUUCAGGUUUAUGCAGUAGUGAUGUCAGGAACCUAGGUACAAUGAAGUAGAGGAGUUUUUGUAAUGAUAUGAUAAACAUAUGAUCCAUGUAUUUAUGUCGUUUUACUUUUCUAAUUAUGACCUGUCAGUAUACAAUUCUAGAUUCUGAAAAUUGAUUUGCACCUGAUUUCAUAAACUUUCAUGAUUUAGCCUUCUCUAACACUUCUUAAAUUUCUGAACCCAAACUUUUAAUAAUUUUGGACAGUUGAACAUAUAUUGUUUUUAUCAUGUUUAGAAGUUUUAAGCUCGUUUGUAAAGAAAUAUUGAUUCUGGAAAUAAUAUAAUUUACUGAUCAAAAGUGAUAAUUUAGUAAGUCAAAAGUGGUAUUUGGUUAUGUAUAAUAAUCUAUAAUAUAGUUUGUAAUUAGACUAUGUAGUAUUAAACACUUUCCUGUUUUAAAUUGUCACCUGUUAAAGCUUACCCUUCAGUUUUAAGCUUGAUUCUACCUGGAAAUAAUUGUAAAAUUUUGAUUUUAUUUGAAAUCAGACUUUUUCAGUUAUACUUGUUUUUGUUGUUGUUAUUUUCACCAAUGAUUUCUUAACAUUUUCAUCAUGACUUUAUAACAGAUGAUAUCCUGUUAGUAUUACAGAGAAAUUCUGAUGAUUUUUUUUAUCAGAAUGGUUACAGCUGUAUCAACAUCAUAAUUUGACACUUAGAUGCUCUAAGUUUGGUGAGACUUAAAUAAAAUUAUUAUAGACACUGA